AUGACGGGACCUGUCCCCAUCCAGCACGCCAUGGCGAGUGACACGGAGCCCUCCAACGCCAUCAAACUGCUGCACCUGCUCGUCCUCUCCACCUCCUGGGGAAUGCAGGUCUGGGUGACCUUCGUGGCCGGGUUUGUGAUGAGCAGGCACCUCCCUCGCCACACUUUCGGCUCCAUCCAGCGGGAGCUCUUCCCCUACUACUUCCACAUCAGCUCCACCUGUGCCUUCCUCAGCCUGACCCUGUUUGCCAUGUCCCACCCCAGCGAGCAGCUCAGCCAGGAGCACAAGACCCAGACCAUCAUCUUCCUCGUGUGCAUCGCCGCCUCGGUGCUGAACACGCAGUGCUUCGGGCGGGCGGCCUCCGAGCUGGUGGCUGAGCUGCAGCGGGUAGAGCAGAGCCACGGGCUGGGGCAGGAGCUGGGGCUGGCAGCCCGCGAGCCCCGCCGGCAGCUCCGCGCCUCCGACCCCGCGUACCGGCGCCUGGCGCGGAGCUUCGCCCUGCACCACGCUCUGUCCUCGCUCUGCAACCUCCUGUGCAUCCUGUGCAACGGGCUGAGCCUGCGGCACCUGGCUGCCCAGCUCUCUGCCCUCUGA